AUGUGUGUCUGUAGGCGUGGUCACGGUGCCCGUGUUGAUGUUUCGGUCCUGUUUCCUCUGAUUCUGCAGAAGGAGACGCCGCUGGCCAACGCCGCGUUCUGGGCCGCGAGGAGGGGAAACCUGGCUCUGCUCCGGCUGCUACUCACCAGCGGCCGUGUGGACGUGGACUGCAGGGACAGUUGCGGCACCUCACUCCUCAUGGUCGCCUCCUACGCGGGCCACAUCGACUGCGUGAGGGAGCUUGUGCUCCAGGGCGCGGACAUCAACCUCCAGAGAGAGUCAGGCACCACCGCCCUGUUCUUCGCCGCUCAGCAAGGCCACAACGACGUCGUGCGGUUUCUCUUUGAAUUUGGAGCCUCCACUGAGUUUAGGACCAAAGACGGGGGCACUGCCCUGCUCGCUGCCAGCCAGUACGGGCACAGGCAGGUGGUGGACACCCUCCUGAAGCACGGUGCCAACGUCCACGACCAGCUCUAUGAUGGAGCCACGGCCCUCUUCCUGGCUGCCCAGGGCGGCUACUUGGAUGUCACUCGGCUGUUGCUGUCGUCGGGAGCAAGAGUCAACCAGCCGAGGCAGGUAAUGUCGGGGUGCACGGGGCAGGGCGGGGGGCCAGCUCCUGGCAGCAGCAGAAACUCCGGCGGCUCCGCGGUCGUCAGAGAAGGCUGCCUGGACGCAGGUGGACGGAGGCGACAGAACAGAGGUGCCGUGUCCCCGUACUCAGCACCCUCGGGUCCUCUGGGCUCCGACGUGCCCUCGUCCUCCACCCGUUCCAACACCAUUGUCCCCGGCCCUUUGCCGGACAGCAGUGGGCGGCAGUCUGUGCUGAGGCUCCUGGGUCGGGGCCGGGCCGGCUGUGCAUGGUCCUCGUGCUCAGCCCGGCUCACUCCGAGUGCCCGUUUGUUUCCUGUCCUGAAGGACGGCACCACGGCCUUGCUGAAGGCCGCCAACAAGGGCUACCACGCCGUCAUCCAGGAGCUGCUGAAAUUCUCCCCCACCCUGGGCAUUUUGAAGAAUGGGACGUCGGCGCUCCACGCGGCCGUGCUCAGUGGGAACAUUAAGACCGUUGCGCUGCUCCUGGAGGCGGGGGCAGACCCAGCCCUGAGAAACAAGGCCAACAAACUUCCAGCAGAACUCACCCAAAACGAGCGAAUACUGAGUCUCCUGCGAGGCAAGGAAGGCCACAGGAAGAGCUACCUCAGCUGCAUAUUUGACUGAAAGGGAAAAGCCGUCCCCGCAUUGCCCACUAGAAGCUGCUUUCAGAUGGUGUUGGAGAUUCUGUAAGGAGACAGUGCCCUGGUUGCCCACCCAGGUUCCCCACCCAGAAGAGCUGUGCCUGGUGCCUGAGGCACAGGGCAGGGACCUCCUCAUUCGCACGGCUGCUCACACGGCCUGCAGCCCACUCCCCGGGGCCAGGCAGGGUCGUGGACUCACUCGUGUCUCUCGGUUAAACCCGAAUUGUUAAACCUUCCAAGAGCUUUAAGUCAGAAGACGGAAAGACUGUAAGCCUUUAAAAGCUGCAGGUCUGACCUCCGAUGAGCUAGUGAACUUUAGCUUCUGUGUUACAUGUAAGUGUGCUAAAAUAUGUAGCUCUGUGACAUUUUACAUGUAUGCAUGGAUGUCAUCCCAGUGUAAGGUGUUUCUCCUACCCAAGGAUCAUAGCCGUGGUCUCAGAGACCUGACGUGUGAACGUGCAUCACUAAGAAGUCAAAGGGGGCUGUUGAACUCAGAAGACAAAGUGUUCACGUGUGAGUUGAACCGGACCUUGGUCCUAACACGCAAAAGCCAUGUUUACCCGGAGUCCGUAUUGCAGGAAGGGUAGGAUGCAAGUGGCAAGUUUGGAAAUUCAGAAAAUUACAAACUGCAGGACUUGAGGAUUGUUUUUUUGAGCUUUUAUUUAGGGUAUGUUAUCGGGACCCUGAUUCCUGUGCCCUUGGCAUGCUCUGGAACCUGGAGCUUCCAACAUCACUCUGCUUGGUACCGUGGCUUUGUGGUCCUUGGAUACAAUGUGAUAUGUGCAAGUACGAUACGCUAGCACUAUUGCAGGACUGUAGUAAUAAAAGACGGUUGUUAGUGUGUAGUAAGUGUUCCUCUAUGCAUGUUCUUGAGCUAGUGGGUUCCAAGAAGGAAACCUGGGUUUUAUGGAACUAUUCCUCUGAGAAAGGUGUAAAAUUUAUAUUCGAUGCACCUUACAACCAGUGGUGUCUACAUGCCUCAUUCGGUGCCUGCGUGCACAGACAUGAGCUGACCCUCUCUGUAACCUGCCGUGAUGAACACGGGUAUUCUGUGACUUAGAAACACAUCUUUCCUUCUCUCGUUCCUGUUCUGCUCUGUGUCCCGCCAGUGUUCUGUGUAAACACACGUUGACACGGCGGGAAAUGUAACCCCAGGAGGGUUAUUAACCAACUUGCAGUGUCACUAAAAGCAUUUUCGUUAAGUCAGUAAACAACGGAGUAUAAUUUUGAAAUUGGAAGAUAUUCUCCUAAAGUUUGUUAUGAUCAAAUACAUAGCCAACAGAUAUUAGCUUAUUUUGACCAUUAUCACAAGCAAAGCCAGUACUGAGCGACCCACAGCCUGACCAGCUCUGCAACACACCUGCGGGCUCACGUCAGGAUAAACCGUGAGAAAGCUUCGUCUGGAUUGAGAACCCCGUAAAUUAAUAUUUUAGUAGCUGCAAAGCAGAGCCAGUUUCCUCAUGGACUGUCUUUUACUCAGCAAAGUUGUGCAAUUACACAUCCCCCCAUGAGAAUUUCACAAAGCAAUAUUUAUUCUGAAGAAAAUAAUGUGGCCUUAAAUUUUUAAUAUUUUUUGCCUUAGUUAGAGCCCUAACUUAGUUAGAGCCUUAAGCCAAAAAUGGUUGAUCAUCACUGAUCUAAAUCAAAAGUUUUAUGGGGACUGAUAGCAAAGUUCCAAAGGACAAAAAUGCAAUGAAGUCACAAACUUAAUGUUUAUUUCACUAAGACAUGCUUUCCUUGGCCUAUUUAUUAGAUCAUUUUAUGUGGAUAAUGCUCUUGAUCAAUAUCAGGGUCAUUAAAAUGAAUCCAGGAGCUUUAACAAUAUUUAAGGGAGCCUCUGACUGUAGGCGAGAGGUCUCUAGCCUAGAAGGCUCACAUGUGGUCUAGAUGAGAUGAUAUUAUCCACAGCAGGGAAUAUGAUUAUCUAAGUCACUCACCCAAGACUGGAAAAAAACAAAACAAACCGUCUGUUACUUAAAGUUAAAUUGCAACCGAGCUUGCAACCGGGCACAUGCCCUGACCAGGAAUCAAACUCUGACCUCCUGGUUCAUAGGUUAAUAACAGGCAAACGGGUUACUUUUCACUGAAUUUACUGGGUGACAUUGAUUAAUGAAAUUAUAUAGAUUUCAGGGGUGCACUUCUAAAAACAAUUUUUUAAAAGUUAAAUUGCAUUUGUUUGCACACAAGUAGAUGGUUCUUGUUUUAUGUUCAUCUAACUCACAGUUCAUUGAGCUCUUAGAAUUAGCAAUUCCUAUGCAAGACAUUUGUUUAAUUCAACCACAGAAGUUUUUCAUUAUGUCCAUUUGUCUGAUGAAAUAUUCCAGGUUAUAAUUCAAAAUAAAGUUAAUAUACUACCCA